GGCUACAUGCGUGCCCCAAUGUCCCUUUUUGUUUGAAAAAACGUAUCAACCUAAAACGAUAGAGGACAUACUAGUAUAUAACUUUAAUAUUCUAAGCUAAUUAAAAUGUUUUUUGGUGCAGUUCUUAAGCCAGGAACUAGUUUCACUCCUGAGGUUAUAGACGGUGAAAUUUUACAUAUUUCGCAAGCAUGUUUAUACAAUCCUGCCAAUGUCGAAAGAACGUAUUUGGAAGUUGUAGAUGAUGACGAAACAUAUGCAGCAUGCGUACUACAGAAAGAAAAACAAGAAUCCGUUUCACUUGAUUUAUAUUUGAAUGGAAGUAAUGGAAGUAAAUUGCAAAUAAGUGGUGGACGCAAUGAAGUUCACAUCGUUGGGUAUUACGAACCUCAGGACGGAUCGGAUUCGGAAGAUAUUUCUGUUUCGGAACCGGACGGUUAUGAUUUUGAUAAUGAUGAUUCUUCUUCCGAAAACGUUAAUUCAAAUCGUUGUAAACCAAUCUCUUCAUCGAAAGCAGAUAAAGGUGCAGAUGAUGAAGAUGAUGAAGAUGACGACGACGAGGAUGAUGACGACGAGGAAGAUGACGAAGAGGACGAUGAUGAAAAUGACGACGAUGACGAUGAAAAUGCUGAAAGUGAUGCAGCAUCCGAUGAGCAAAUGUCCGGGAAACAAAAUGGUAAAUUUAUCAAAGAAUUGAAGCAAAAUUCUAAAACGAAGGAAGCACGUCCUGAAUCAAAUAAACGUCAUAGCAAUAGCACAGUUUCAAAACCGAGUAAAAUGGCUAAGCGUGAGCGGGGCAAAAUGAGUCCUGAAGCGGAGUUUGAAAAACAAAUUGUUGACUACUUGAAAUCUUCUGGUCGUGUAAUGAUUUCGCAACUUGCUGGAAAAAUACGUAAACCGGACUCACUUAAAACAAUGAGAUAUCAAGCGUUUCUAAAGAGCAAACCAAGCUUUAAAGUUGAUGGACAAUACGUGUCUCUAAAAUCCUAAACUUUUUUGUAAAGUGUAGUCUUUUUUUCAUAUUUUUUUAUAAAAAAACUGGUAACACUUUUAUUGUUUUUUAAUACUAUAUAUAUUUCAUUUUCAAAAAUUAAAUAGCAUAGUGUGUUUU